AUGGCAAGUGCUAGUGGCGAGGAGCUCCAGGGAGGUCAAGAACCACCACACUGGCGACAGAUGACACCAGUGAGCAAGGUGGUAGUUGGCGAUGGGCUGGCCGGCGCAUGGAGACCUGACUUGGUGGUCCUUUGGCAAAGGAUGCUGGACUUGAAUGACAGAGCAGAUAUUCGAAUGAAUAAGAAUUUCGGAGUACUUGUUGUUGAUGCGAGGGGGUUUGAAAAUCUUGAUUUUCAAGAAAAAUACUGUCGAAAUUUCAUUGACAAAGCCAAACAGUUAAGGUUGGGUAAAGGAGGUGGUGAGACACUUACUGACUACUUUAAGAGGAUGAGGUUGAUCAAUGAUGGUUUUGUUUCUGUUGUGGAUGUGGAUGUGGAUGAAGACUUGAGAAUCAGAAAUGUGUUCUGGUUGACGCACGAAGUCGAGCAGCGUAUGAGUAUUUCGAAUAUGUUAUCACAUUCGAUACAACAUACCAAACAAAUAGAUAUGACAUGCGUAGAAUUUGAGGAGAAGUGGGGGCAACUAAUUCAGAAGUAUGACCUUGGUGAUAAUGCAAGGUUGCAAGGCUUGUACAAUGAGAGGUCGUUUUGGGUACCAGCUUACUUGAUGGAAUUCAUCAAUCAAUUUGACGAUGCUUUGAGGAAGAAGGUUGAGGUCGAGACUACAGGUGAUUUCAUGUCCUGCAACCAAACCAUCCCAUGUGCAUCUCCAUUCCACAUUGAGAAGCAGUUUCAAACGUUGUAUACAAAUGCGAAGUAUAAAGAGGUCCAGAAAGAGAUGUUGGGGGCAAUGUGUUGUAAUUGUCUAUUUCUCAACAAGGAAUGUUGCAUUUCCACAUUCGAUGUUUUGGAUGAAAUUACUAUUGAGGAUGACCAUGUCAAAACCGUCAAGUACACAAUUUAUUAUAAUGAGGAGGAGUGUGAACUGAAAUGCACGUGUGCAUUAUUUGAGAUGAAGGGGAUCCUUUGUAGGCAUGCAUUGAAAGUUUGUCAGAUGAAGAAGAUUCACAGUAUACCAAAGAAGUACGUCUUAGAUCGAUGGCGGAAGGACUUGAAUAGGAGAUACACACUAGUCAAAAGUAGCUACGAUGACAUGUGGCAAAAUACAGACCCACGAAGGUAUGAGGUUGUCGUGAAACGAUGUCUUAAAUUAGCAACCCGUGUAUCCAAACGUGAUGACCAUGUCAAUGCAUUCAUGUGUCAUUUGAAUAAGUUUGAUAAUAACUUUAAAAGAUUACCACUUGAAUCUGGUUCAACCAAGGUCAGAGAAAAUGUGGUCGCGGACAACAAUAAGAAAAUAUUAAGCCCAUACGUUGUCCGAGGGAAAGGGAGGCCUACAUCGAAAAGGAAGGUUCCACCUGUGGAGAAGGCUGCGACCAAAAAAAGAAAGAAAUAG